AUGUCCGUUCAGCUAUCUCCUUUAGAUGUGGGCCUGGUUCUAUGGCGUACCCACCUCGGCACUGCAACCAAUAAUACAUCUCAGGGCGGACCCGGCAGCUCACAGAGCACGUUCCAAGAAUUGGCGUCGUCCAUAAUUACGAGCGUGGACAUCAGAAUGGCUGAUGCGAAAGAGUAUUUGGACUAUCCUCCCAAUCAGCCCGAAAAUCCGGGCGUGGAGGACAUCAAGAAUAUUGUCGCGCGUCGCAACGUAAUGAUCAGUGACAUGAAGAUCCCAAUCGUCGGUUCAAGCCUUACCGCUGCUGGAUAUGAGCACCGCCCUACAGUCUCUCUGCCAGCUUCGUUAUCUCCAAGCCAGCACCUUGCAGAUGGGGACGUGGGAUCCAAGACGAUAAGAGGAGAUGGUGAUGAUCCAUGA